AUGGCAAACACUCUCGACAUCCCCCUGCAUGUCAAGUACAUUCAAUCCCUGGGCGAGAACAAGGAUGACCUGGUCUACCACAUGACGGCUCACUUGCGCAUGAAUGCCGAUGCUUUGGAUCGCGAUGCAAUGAUCGACUUCGUCAUGAGUUGCUGGGACGAGGAAGCAGGCGGGUUUGGGUCGCACCCAGACCACGAUGCUCACCUGCUUUCCACCUUGAGCGCAAUCCAAAUAUUGACCAUCCAGGGAGCAACCGACCGCCUGGAUGUUCCUCGCGUCACGAAGUUCAUCUUGUCCCUCCAACAGGAAUCGGGCAUCUUUUCUGGGGAUCAAUGGGGCGAAAUCGACACCCGCUUCCUUUUCUACGUCGAGAAGACGGUCGGGUACCUCCGCAAGUGUAGGAACUUUGACGGCGGUUUUGGGGCGAGGGAAGGCGCUGAGAGUCAUGCGGCUCAAGUUUACGUGUGCGUAGGGGCGCUCGCGCUGUUAGAUCGGCUCGACGAGAUCGAUCAAGAGACCCUUGGAUGGUGGCUUUCGGAACGACAACUCCCAAACGGUGGGCUGAACGGACGACCAGAGAAAUUAGAGGACGUCUGCUACAGUUUUUGGGUGCUAUCCUCGUUGUGCACGCUGAACAAGGUAGCAUGGAUAAACUCGGACAAACUGAUCGAAUUCAUUCUGUCGGCGCAGGACUUCGAGCACGGAGGUAUUGCCGACAGACCUGGAGAUCAGGCCGACGUUUUUCACACCAACUUUGGCCUCGCAGGCCUGUCUCUGCUUGGCUACCCGGGGCUGGAGGAUCUGGACCCGCUGAUAGAGUCUCUCGGCCUUCGAAAGGGGUGGACUGCGCUUCCGCGACAAGCGUCGUGUAUGUAG